CCGCAGAUUUUCGGCAAUUUCCGUGGGAUCUCGGCUGGGGCCGACUGCUUUCGGUUGUAUUCGGCUAUCUCCGGCGGCCUCCCCGGUAACGGUCGCUGUGAGUUUAAAUGAGCCGGAGCCGCCCGACUGACGUCUUGAGAGCAGCCGAUAGGGAGAGAGGUCCCGACAGCGGGAGAGAACGCGGGAGGCCGGAGAAUGACGGUGCUGCAAGAACCCGUCCAGGCUGCUAUAUGGCAAGCACUGAAUCACUACGCCUACCGAGAUGCCGUGUUCUUGGCAGAAAGACUUUAUGCAGAAGUGCAUUCAGAAGAGGCAUUAUUCCUCCUCGCCACAUGUUAUUACCGCUCAGGAAAAGCGUAUAAGGCUUACCGGCUCCUGAAAACCCAUAGCUGUGCCACCCCGCAAUGUAAAUAUCUUCUUGCAAAAUGCUGCGUGGACCUUAACAAACUGGCUGAGGGGGAGCAGAUCCUGUCUGGUGGGGUUCUGAAUAAACAAAAGAGCCAGGAGGAGAUAGUUACAGAGUUUGGAGACUCUGCCUGCUUUACACUGUCGCUGCUCGGCCAUGUAUACUGCAAAACCGAUCGAUUGGCCAAAGGAUCCGAAUGUUACCAAAAGAGCCUUAGUCUAAACCCUUUCCUGUGGUCCCCUUUCGAAUCAUUAUGUGAAAUAGGUGAAAAGCCAGACCCCGAGCAGACCUUUAAACUGACCUCCCUCCAGAAUUUUAGUAGCUGCCUGCCGAACACUUGCACAUUAAUGGUAAACAACCACAACGUUAUAUCCCACAGGCAAGCUGACACAGUAUUAAUGGAAACGCCUCAAGACACUAUAGAAUUAAAUAGAUUAAAUCUGGAGUCAUCCAAUGUAAAAUAUCCCCUGAACUCGGACUCCUCAAUGUCCUACAUAGACCCAUCUGUUAUCUCCCCUGACUCAUUACACUUGGGGACAGGUUCCUCUAUCUUGGUAAAACAGGCUCAGAACAAACCAAAAAGUGGGCGCAGCCUGUUAGGGGGGCCAGCUGCACUGAGCCCACUCACUCCCAGUUUUGGAAUCUUGCCACUAGAAACCCCUAGCCCAGUUGAUGGGUCAUACUUACAAACCUACAAUUCCUCUUGCGUCCUUGAUGUGCCAUCUUCUGGAACCCCUGCUAAAAAGUCUGUCACCAGAAUCAGCCAAGCAGGAACAAAGUCAGUGUUCUCACAGAGCGGCAACAGCCGGGACUUGACUCCUGUGCUUGUCAUACAGACUCAGGGUUCUGGACCUCAGACUAGCACUACACCUCAGGUACUGAGCCCAACUAUAGCUGCCCCUCCUAAUGCAUUACCACGACGAAGUUCCCGUCUUUUCACCAGCGACAGCUCUACCACAAAGGAGAACAGUAAAAAACUGAAAAUGAAAUUUCCACCCAAAAUCCCUAAUCGUAAAACCAAAAGCAAAACAAAUAAAGGUGGUGUUACGCAGGCCAACAUGAACGAGAGUUUAGAAAUUAGCAAGCUUGAUUCCUCAAUCAUCUCGGAGGGCAAAAUCUCCAGUGUAGGUCCUCAAAUCCAAGCACUGACGAUACAAAAGGCAGCAGCAGAAGGGUUAAUGAGCCUCUUAAGGGACAUGGGAAAAGGCUACGUAGCCUUGUGUUCCUAUAACUGUAAAGAUGCUAUCAACAUCCUGAGCCACCUACCGUCUCAUCACUACAACACAGGUUGGGUAUUGUGCCAGAUUGGCAGAGCCUAUUUUGAGUUGGCAGAAUAUCUGCAGGCAGAACGGGUGUUCUCUGAGGUGCGCAGGAUUGAAAACUAUCGAGUUGAGGGCAUGGAAAUCUACUCCACCACGCUAUGGCAUUUACAAAAGGAUGUCGCGCUUUCAGUACUUUCCAAGGACCUCACAGAUAUGGACAAGAAUUCACCAGAGGCUUGGUGCGCCGCUGGAAACUGUUUCAGUCUGCAAAGGGAGCAUGAUAUAGCCAUUAAGUUCUUCCAGCGGGCUAUUCAAGUGGAUCCUGGCUAUGCAUAUGCUUUCACGCUAUUGGGCCAUGAAUUUGUACUAACAGAAGAGUUGGACAAAGCACUUGCUUGCUUCAGAAACGCCAUCCGUGUCAACCCCAGACACUACAAUGCUUGGUAUGGUCUUGGAAUGAUUUACUACAAGCAAGAGAAAUUUAGCUUGGCAGAGAUGCAUUUCCAGAAAGCACUAGAUAUCAACCCACAAAGUUCAGUAUUGCUGUGCCAUAUAGGAGUGGUGCAGCACGCACUCAAGAAAUCGGAUAAGGCUUUGGAUACUCUCAACAAAGCUAUUUCCAUAGAUCCCAAAAAUCCACUAUGCAAAUUCCACCGAGCCUCCAUUUUGUUUGCCAAUGAAAAAUAUAAGUCUGCACUGCAGGAGCUGGAGGAGUUAAAACAGAUUGUCCCCAAGGAAUCCUUAGUUUACUUUUUAAUAGGAAAGGUCUAUAAGAAACUUGGUCAGACACACUUAGCCCUCAUGAAUUUUUCAUGGGCCAUGGACUUAGAUCCCAAAGGAGCUAAUAACCAGAUCAAAGAGGCCAUAGAUAAGCGAUACCUGCCAGACGAUGAAGAGGCUGUGACACAAGAGGAACAAAUCAGUGAGUGCUACCCAUAUGAAACAGUGGGAACGGAUGAGUCGCAAGAGAGCAGCAUGACGGAUGCAGAUGACACACAAUUGCACGCAGCUGAGAGUGAUGAGUUUUAAACCACUUCUCACCGGACAUGUGGCGCUGUGGUGUCUGACUGUUAUUACUCCGCACCACCCCAGCAUCACCCUUGCCUUCUCGGACGCCUUUCAUAGGCCGCCAAUUUGUAUCAUCAUCAUCAUCAUCAUCUUCAUCAUCAUCAUCAUUGCCUCUGUCAUCAUAAUCAGCCAUUCCUCCUCCCCCCCCUUCCCGAUUUUAAAGUCCUGCAGCGAAUUAAAGACUGUGCAAUAUGUGGGUAGCACUCAGUUGGCUUCCUGCUUUUUUUUCUUUUCUCCAGCUUUUGAGGCUCCUGGGGCUGGCAAGUGGGUAUGCAGUCCGGAGCCUCAUGGAUGUCCCGCAAGAAGAUUAUUAACAACAAGGGAGCACAAGAUUCGCUUCUAAGGCAUGCCUUCCAAGCGUAAACCUUCAAAUUGCUAAAUUCUUCUUUCCUGAGAACAGAUGUGAGAAGCCUUUCUGCUUGGAUAACAUUUAUUCAACACAUUGAUCUAAGGAUGAGGCGGCAUCAUGUCCUGACAAGCCUACAGAGAACCUGUAAUCCAUUACCCUACAGACCCUUUGACGAUUCCCCCUGUUGGCCCUCUUCACACCUGGUGCUUUAUUUUUAUUAAACAAGACCCCUACUCCCAAGCCUUUUUAACUGAUAGGGUGAGAUCCCCUAAAUGCUACUCUGCCUGUGUAAAAUUUGAUUAGACAAUAACUUCUAAAUUUAGGGUUGCACCAAGAUGAGAGAUGACCUGAAUGACUAUUAGCGCAGGAUUCCUAUAAAGCAGAAAUGUGGAGAGUGAAAGCCAUAAUCCUCUAGACAUCCUCCCUAAUUUAUCAUGGCCUUUGCAUCAGAGAACUGGCUUCAAAAAGUCAGAAUUUUUUGCACAUGAAUUAUUCGCACAAACAUUGUGGGGGGGGGGAGAUUUAGACCACUUAUGUUCGGCAAAUAUUUAAAAAGUGGGUGGGAUUUAACAGACGGGGGCAAGGCCCUUCCAUGCACAGACAGAUUUAUUCUAAUUUACACCAGUCUCUUGUUCAAAUCUGCACCAACUCGUAGCUGGCAUCGAUAUGAAUUUUUGGUGCAGGCAAGAUGCGACACAUUUAUUAAUGGGCCUGAGCAUCUAAAUUUUGUCCCAUCUUACUCCAGCACACUUUGGACUACUACUAGUGUUUCAUAAUGCCUAUCCCCUCCCCGGUUUUGUAUGUGGCAUUUUAGGUGUUUCAGCAGUUUUUUUUUGUUUUUUGUUCUACAUAGACUUCUCUAUUUAAAAACAAAAAAACACAUUACAAAUGGAACAAAAUGAAAAAUGCUACCACAACACCAUUCUGAAAAGGAAAGAAGCUCGCUGGAGUACGAUGUGCUACAAUUAAAGGGGUUCCCUGGGCUUUUAAUAUUGAUGACCUAUCCUCACGUUAGAUCAUUUAAUAUCCGGUGUAUGACGGGAAGGUAUGUGCAGUCUCCUUUCUUUCUUCCUGCUCGCCAUAGACAUAGCAGCAGCGAGCAGGAGAGAAGGGAAACGGUGGGUGUGUCGGGUGUUGGGGUACCCCUAAUCUGAUAUUGAUCAUUAAUAUUAGAACCUCUUUUAAGGCCCCUUUCAGACGAGUGAGUGUCACGCUCCGGACUCGGACAACGUAUCGGACAGCACCCGUCCUGACCUUCUAGCACUGCCGCUGUCAAAUGGCAUUAUAUUGAUUUAUGAUGCCAUGUAACCAUUAAAGUUCUGGAAAGUAUUGGAUAACACUGACAUCAUUUUGUCAGUGUUAUUCAAUACAUUUCAGAACUGUAAGGGUUAUAUGGCAUUAUAUUGAUUUAUGAUGCUAUGUGACCCCAGCAGUACUGAGAGGUCAGGAUGGGUGCUCUCCCUGACACACUAAGAGUCCAAUGCGUUGGACCUGCUCAUAUGAAAGGGGCCUAAGAGGGCUGCGUCGUAGAGUCCUGCCCCCUCCUACCUACACCAUGUGUGUGGGGUUUAUUUUUUUUUCAGGAAGGGUAAAUGUAAAAAGCCCAAAAUUAGCAAAUUUUUUCACAAAAUAAAUCUGCAAUCAGAGUUCUGUUGUAUAAGCGAAACACACGUUACCCACAGUGUUUUUUUUUGUUUUGUUUUUUAAACAUUUAUACAGGCCAUUUUCAUGUGUUUUUUCAACUCCCAAAGAGAUGCCUAAGAGAAAAAUACCAGUCCAUGCUGCGUUUUAAGAAAAAUACCAAAACCACAAACUCAAUGAAAAACACCAUGCAAAAAAAAAAAGUUUUGUAGUGAUUUUCAUAACAGUACAGACUUUGUAGUAACAUCUGGAUGCACAAAAGAGACCUUGUGAAACCAUGUUCUCAAAAGAUUCUCUCUGUCCCGUCCCAUGCCAAUGAACUCUCACCAACACCGCCCCCCCCCCGCCUUAUUCCAGCUCAUGGUUUGGGUGUUCUGUAGGAGAGUUGUCACUGUCCCCCCCCUCUCUCUCUCAGGUUUUCCCAAUGAGCCAGGCCCCUUCAGCCUUCAUCAUCUUACAUUUAGUGAAUUUACUUGGAAUCAGAAGACAGAAACAAGUCGCUCUAAUUUUGCUGACAUAAUGUCUACCAGAUCACAUGCCUGUCACUGCCAUCCAGGCCAGCGUUCCUGCGAUAGACAGUUAUUCUUUGGCACUUGCCUCUCUGGUGGAGCGGGAUCCCUUUUUAUUGUGUGGAUGUGAUUUUUGUCUUUUUAUUUCUCAACCCCCCCUCCUCCUAUUUUUUUUAUUUUUGGGAAGUGUACAGUGUUCCAUUAUUUGGGCAGGAGGUUCCUGUUUAAUAUAUUUUGCGAAUCAUUUAAGGAUGUGAAAAAUAAAAACUUCUUUUAAAAACGUCA